ACGGUUCGACCCCGCGCCGUUGCCGGCGCCGGCUAGCGCAGGCGGCGGGGAGCCAUAAUCCGCGGGCGGGUGGGGGUCUAAGGCAUGGCCGUAGCAGUCGACGCAUAGCACAACGAUGGAGCAGGUCCUCCCGCCGUGCGGGGAUUGCGCCACGACGGAGUCGGACACCUCGCGCGCCUCGCCUCUCACGCUCCGGGCGGUGGGGAAGCAGGAGGCCUCGAUGGGGACUCGGGGGCACACGAAGCCUUCGCCACCGCUACUGAGAUCAUGGCGGUAGAUUGGGAUUUCACGGCGGAAGGCAAGGCAACUAGAUCCGCAUGUGCAGAGCAAAGGUUUUGCGAUGUGAGUAUGCAGUCCGUGGAGAGAUUUCCAUCCAUGCUCAGCACUUACAACAGCAGCUACAGGCGCAACCUGGUUCUCUUCCAUUUGAUGAGAUCCUAUAUUGCAAUAUCGGGAACCCUCAGUCCUUGGGUCAAAAACCAAUCACAUUCUUCAGGGAGGUUCUUGCACUUUGUGAUCAUCCAAAGCUACUGGACAGAGAGGAAAUUAAAUCAUUGUUCAGUGCUGAUGCUAUUGCCCGGGCAAAGAAAAUUCUUGCCCUGAUUCCUGGAAGAGCCACCGGAGCAUAUAGUCACAGCCAGGGUAUCAAGGGACUGCGUGAUGAGAUUGCUGCUGGGAUUGCCUCCCGUGAUGGCUUCCCUGCAAAUGCAGAUGAUAUAUUCCUAACUAAUGGAGCAAGUCCUGGUGUACACAUGAUGAUGCAGUUGCUGAUAAGGAACAAUAGAGAUGGCAUUAUGUGUCCAAUUCCUCAAUACUCAUUGUACUCAGCAUCCCUAGCACUUCAUGGCGGAGCUCUUGUGCCAUAUUAUCUUGAUGAAUCCUCAGGAUGGGGUUUGGAGAUUUCUGAGCUUAAGAGUCAACUUGAAGAUGCCAGGUCAAAAGGCAUAAAUGUUAGGGCGUUGGUGGUGAUCAAUCCUGGAAAUCCUACUGGACAGGUUCUUGAUGAGCAACAACAAUAUGAACUAGUCAAAUUCUGCAAGGAUGAGGGACUUGUUCUUCUGGCAGAUGAGGUAUACCAAGAGAACAUUUAUGUUACCAACAAGAAGAUCAACUCUUUCAAGAAGAUAGCAAGAUCCAUGGGAUACAAUGAGGAGGAUUUACAAUUAGUGUCAUUCCAUUCUGUUUCUAAAGGAUAUUAUGGAGAGUGUGGCAAAAGAGGUGGUUACAUGGAGGUCACCGGCUUCAGCGCUCCAGUUAGAGAACAACUCUACAAAAUUGCAUCAGUUAACUUGUGCUCAAAUAUCACGGGCCAGAUCCUUUCAAGCCUCAUAAUGAAUCCACCAAAGGCGGGGGACGGAUCUUAUGAUCUCUACAUGGAAGAGAAAGACGGAAUCCUAAAAUCUUUAGCUCGUCGUGCAAAGGCGAUGGAGUCUGCAUUUAACAGUAUUGAUGGAAUUACAUGCAACAAGACGGAAGGGGCAAUGUAUCUGUUCCCACAGAUUUAUCUACCACACAAGGCAAUUGAGGCUGCCAGGGCCGUCAACAAAGCACCUGAUGCAUUCUACGCUCUGCGUCUUCUUGAUACCACAGGCAUUGUUGUGACUCCAGGAUCUGGUUUUGGACAAGUUGCAGGGACAUGGCAUGUGAGAUGCACGAUCCUGCCGCAGGAGGAGAAGAUCCCUUCCAUGAUCGCCCGCUUCAGGGAGUUCCAUGAGGAGUUCAUGGCACAAUACCGCGACUGAGGCCCUGCGGUUGCUUGUGUUCGUGUAUCACGGCAUCCAAGAGACCGAAAAUAAAGCAAGGAGUACAGCCGUUAAUGAGCAAUAUAUUAACGGAAGGAAGGUCAGCAAUCUUAAUCUGGAUGACACUUUUUUGUGUAAUCUCUUUAGGCCAUAAAGUAAAUUCACCGGGAUGUUGUACAAGCGUUUGCCUGGAACAAAUGGAUUGGUUGUCAUAAUGCAUGAGUACACAGCAGUGAACUGCAACAAAAUGCGUAGUAUAUCAAUCUGGUUUUUAUAUUUGAUGCAGAU